CACUCCUCGAUCUGCGUACUGCAGCCAGGUGCAAUUGGCCACCUACGCCCGCUGGACACAAUUGGGACAUGGCUCGCUGUGAUCACAGAAGGUGAAACCCCAGAAGCAAUUGUCACCACAUUUGUAAGCCACACCCACAUUUUACUCUCUGAGUUUCUGUUGUGUGAGUGUGACAGAAAUGGCGGCAGCAACAAUUUCUGUCCAGCAAGAGGAUUUUUGUUGUUCGGUGUGCCUGGAUGUCUUGAGCGACCCUGUGACGAUCCCCUGUGGACACAGUUAUUGUUUGGGCUGUAUUCAAGACCACUGGAAUGGAGUCCAGCACAGCUGCCCUCAGUGCAGGCAGGUGUUUAAUCCAAGACCUGUGCUGAAAAGGAACACCGUUCUGGCUGAAUUGGUGGAAAAGUUUAAGAAAUCUCAAGAUGCAGCCCAGCACUUCACCAAACCUGUUGAGGUGAAAUGCAGUGUUUGCAAAGGGGUAAAAUGCAAAGCUGUGAAGUCCUGCUGUGCAUGUUCCGAGUCGUACUGUGUCUCACACUUGAAAGUCCAUGAAAAGCGCUUUCAUGGAAAGGCACAUAAACUCAUCCCAGCUUUGCAUGAGCUGAGAGAGAAGCUGUGCCCACAGAGUCCUGACACAGUCUCAGUGGCAGCCGUGGGAACAACACAAAACAUGGACGCACUAUUCAAACUCCUCAGUCAGUACAGACUGGGAUCCUACCACACUCCAUUUCUUCAGAUAGGCGUAAGCGAUGAACAAGAUUUCUUGGAUAGUGUGACAGAUGAAGAUCUGCAGAACUUGGGUCUAAGUCAAGUGGAAAAGAAUCGCUUUAUGGCAAUGAAAAGCUUCAUUCAAACACGUGGCGCUCCAGAUUCCCAAGUUCAAAAAGGGACAUCUGUGCAGAAAUCCUUGGAAGUUUUCACUCUGCAGUACACAUACCCCAAAUGUCCUCAACCAAAACACAUAAAAGGUAUAGAUCCAGCUCAGGACACAGUUGAAGAUCUGAUGUCGAGGAUCUGUCACCUUGAAAAUGUGGGAAGGAGCAAAGGAGUCUGUCUCUACACGAUUGACGGAAUGCCUCUGACAGAAGAUCCCUUCUUUAACACAUGGUCUUUGAAGGACAGGCACAUUGAAAAUGGAGCCAUGAUCUAUGCCAUUUUUACACCAAAGGAAAACCUGAGAGAGGCCCCGCAAAUUCCACACCAACAGUUUGUUGAAUCCUCUGGAGAAGAUCUUAUCAGAUGCCACAUCAUGCUCAAGGGCGACUUUGAAGUGAUGGUGAACUUACAAAGUGACACUUUAAUCAUUCUGAAACACAAGCUGGCAGCUGCAAGUGGAAUCCCAGCACAUGUCCUGCACUACAUAGGUCCAAAUAAUGAAAGUGCACUGCAAAGCUGUGGAAUCACUGAAGGGUCAACACUUGCCUUUUCUUUAUACACAACAAAUGAUGAUGAGUGGGUAUACAAGGAGAAUUUCUACAUUGACGACAUUGUGCCUUCAGUCCAACAAACCCGGAAGGGUAUCAGUGUGUUCCUGUCUUCAAUUUAUGCUGUGAAACGGGGUUUUUCAGGCAUUAUUCACAAUAAAUUGAUUGCCUAUAUAAGACAACUGACUGGAUGCAGUCCACUGGCCCAGGGUUUGCAUCAGUUAAUCUACAGGAAUGGAAAGAUCACAAGGAACCAGAAGAUUUCAGUUGUUGAAGGCUUGUACGUGCUGUUCAGAGAACUUCUACCCGAACUUGGCUCACGACGAGGAGAACGAGUUGUCAAGGACGUGCAUGUCUUUGAGAAUUCAUUGUGUUGCUGGGCGCAUCUCAUUUCAAAAGCAAAGAAACGCUCAACAGAAUUUGAGAACUAUGCACCAGUCACACUCGUACCCGUAGAUGGUGACCGUUACUGUGAGCCAGUCAGAGUGCCUGGACUUCCCACUGUCUUUGAACGGGCAUACGUUCUCCAGAAAAUCAAAGGUGGGGAGAAAAUUCCAAACUGCACAGAAAAGUUUUUGCAAGAAGAAUCAUUAGUAAGGGCCAUUGACAUCGAGAAGAUCUUGCUCAGCCUACCUCCAUCCAUCAAGAUAUAUCAUCUCUGGAUUUAUCAGGAAAAGAUUAGUCAGAACUUUCAGCUCAACAUGCAGAAGACUUUUGGAAAAAUGGUCGAGGGAUUGAAAACUUUCCCUGUUCUCAAUGUGACUCCACCUCUACACCUGAAGGGUCUCGGAUUUGAUUAUGUUGGACUUGUUCUGCUGAGUGACGACAACCUUGGAGUUUAUCUGGGUAAAAACAAGGGAUCCCCAGAUGUGAUCAUCGUGCAUGAUUGCCUGGAUGGUAAAGAGAAAACGGUGGAUGUGAAUGUACUGGCAGCCAUGACUGGUGACCAGAGAGCUGAUGGAUCAUUUAUCACAUCUCGGACUCCAAAGGAAGCCAUACUGGUACUGAUAGAUACAAGCUCAUCCAUGGAAGAGGAGUGCUACGGGAAUGCAGGAAUAAAGAAAAUAAAUGCUGUGAAGGAGCUCUUUGACAACUUUGCAUCCAGAAGCAUGGCGUAUGAUUUCCAUCAUGUCAUUGGCCUUGUGAAGUUUGACGCAAUGGUGAAAACUCUCCACACAUUUACGGAAAAUCUGGAAAAGUUCAAGGUACACAUCCGUAACCUUGAGCCAAAUGGAUGCACUCUGCUGUACGAUGCCCUACGCCGCGGGCUGCUGGAGUUGCAAAAGGUCAAGGAGAAGUUUCCCGAUUGUCGACUUCGCAUCAUGUGCCUCACUGAUGGAAUUGAUUCUGGGUCCUCAAUAGAGCCAGUUGCCAUAACAGAGAAACUGCUGAACUCCAACAUCGUUGUGGAUUCAAUCCUUCUCGGAAAUGUGGAGAACAAUAUGCUGCAUGGAAUCAGCAAUGCAACAGGUGGUUGCUGUUUCAAACCACAGACGACCAAAGAGGGUUUGAAGCUGUUUGAGGUAGAGACAGUUCUUUCUUUGGAGCAGAGGAAACCCAAGAAAAAACUUGAUGCGUCAUCUCUCAGUGAGCGCAUUUUAACAGGCAUCUUUUCAACUCACGGGUAUGAUGAAUAUCCAGAGACGUCCUUGCCAAAUCAGUUAAAGACCAAAGUGAUCGGGACAGAGAGUGCUCUGAAAAAGAAGCUGCGGGAGUCGAAGGACAAGCGUUUAAUGGAGAAGGACAGACGUAUCCUUGAGGAGCUGAAGAGCCUGCACUGUGAUCCACAUCCCUUCUUCAGAGUCUUUACAUCAGAAUCGGACUUUACAUUUUGGAGGAUUCUCAUGCAGGGCCCUCCUGACACACCGUAUGAGAAAGGGGCAUUUGAGCUGUACUGUCAGUUUGGUCCUGAUUAUCCAGUGAAGCCUCCACUUUUUCGCUUUGUCACACAAGUGUACCACUGCAAUGUCAACAGUGUGGGCCGUAUCUGCCACAGCAUAUUUGACCGCAGCUACAAUGCCAACAUUACCAUGAAAGAGAUCUUUGACGCCGUGUAUGGACUCCUCAUCGUCCCUGAGCCUGACGACCCACUGGACAGCAUUUUGGCUGAGGAGUUCCUGACAAACCGUGAGAUGUACGAACUAGAGGCCAAGAGACACACACAGCAAACUGCAGGAAAUUCGCUGGAUGACAUGGAGAAGACACUGGUGGAUCAUGUGCCACAGUUCAUACCGCAACAUCUAAUGUGUCCACUCACCAAGAAGAUGUUCGUCGAUCCUGUGAAAACUGUAUAUGGCACAGUGUACGAACGCAAAGCCAUCGAGGAGCACCUCAAACUACACCUGUAUGACCCGAUGGCUGGUCCAGGACAUGACCUUGACCUUACCUAUGUAACAACAGACUGGGACAUGAAGAAAAUGGUGAAGGAUCAUCGAUCCCGUCAAAUUCAGUGAAGCUGUGGAGGACAAGUUGCUGUUACGCCCCAAGUUUGCUAUAAGUUUUUUUUGUUUGUUUUCUACCAAAGUUCAUCUUAAUUUGCAUUGGAAGUUUGGUCAACAUACCUUGGUAGUUUUUGAGAUUGUGCUUUUCACACUAUUCAUUAACAAGUUAAAACAAGUUAAAUUAGAAAUGUAUAUUUGCACUCAGAACAGUAAAAAAAGUAAAUCUAAAAAUUGAAGUUAAUGGAAAUAAUCAUCUAGUACAGACAUAAGCUAACAUGCUUUUUUGGUUUCCACUGAGAGUUCUUUGUCAUUGUGUCUUUCCUGUUCUUCUGGAUUUAAAUUAAUAAGAAUUGUGUUGAAUGUUGAAAUGUAUUGCAGCAAGGUUUGUUUUUUCUGGAUUCCUGAUAUUAUUAUUAUUAUUAUUGUUCCUGAAUUAUUAUAACCGUUCACUUAAGGUAAACUGUGAAUUUUUACCUGAUUUCUUUUCUGAAGUUUUGAAAAUAAAGCUUUUAUAGUGUA